UAUUGGUCUGGAGGAGGGUGAGGUGUCAUGUGUCCCACGGGACCGUGAACGCAGCACAGCAAACUUCUCCAGACAGAUUUUUGAACUUUACAGAAGAAACUGAAACUUUGAUGAGUGCAGAGGAGGGUUGUGUGUCAGUGGCUUGUUGUGUGUCAGUGGCUUGUUGUGAGUUGCGUGUCUCACCAUGUCUGAGUGUGAGCAGACAGAGAAGCAGGAUCCGUCUGAACAUGGAGGAACCGGACAGUCGAUGAGUCCUCUGGCAGUUUGUACCGUGUGUGAUCGCUUGUUCCGGGACCCGAAGCUGCUGCCGUGUCUCCACACCUUCUGCUCGGACUGUAUCGGGCAGCUGGAGCCUUUCUCCCGGCCUCUCUCCUCCCUCAGCCCGGAGCAGGAGCCGGACCGAGCCGCCGUCACCGUGCUCUGCCCGGACUGUGACUCCGAGGUGGACCUGCCUCCCUCCGGUCCCUCCGGGCUGAGCACCGACCACCUGGCGCUGGACGCCGUGUUCCUGGAGACUCUGCUGUCGGACCGACCGCUGAGCUGCGACCUGUGCGGGGAGGGAGGCUCCGAGAGCCGCUGUGAGGUCUGCUGCGUUAACCUGUGCGAGUUCUGCUGCCAGGCCCACAGGCGGCAGAAGCGAACAGCGUCUCACUCUGUUCAGGGUCUGGACGAGCUGAAGUCUCGUGGUCGUCUCUCCCGUCCCGUCCUCUGCCCCCUCCACCCCGGCCAGGAGCUGCGGCUCUUCUGUCAGCCCUGCGACCUGCCUGUCUGCCUGGACUGUGCCGUCACGCUGCAUCGCGACCACCGCUGCUGUCCCACGCAUGAUGUCAUCGAUCGCCAUGGAGACCGCAUCCGAGAGCUGGUUGCCGGGCAACUGCGACCUCUCCUGGAGCGUCUGGAGGAGUCACUGCAGAAGGUGGACGUUUCCCAGGAGGCUUUGCAGGCACGGGUGGAGGCGACAGCCAAUGAGGUGAGGGCGUUUGCACGAGGUUACGCCAGCGCUGUGGAAUCUCACUGCCUGUCUCUGCUGCAUCGUCUGGAGGAGCUCCGUGUCCAACGCAGGAACCAGCUCCACCUGCAGAGGGCUCAGCUGAAGCAGGCGCUGCUGGACGUCCGAGGCAGCGUGGAGUUUGCGGAGAGACUGCUGGGCUCCGGCUCUGACGCUGAGAUCCUGAGCGCCAAAGGAGUGACCCUGAGGAGACUGACCAGUCUGGUGGAGAGCAGCUACGACCCGCACCCAGCAACCGUUGCCCCAGACGACGGCAGCAGCAUCUGCUUCAUGCCCGGGGAGCCAGCGGGGGAGGUGGAGGGCUACCCGGUGGUCGGGGUCAUCAGCUCUAAGACAGUGGACCUCAGCAAGUGCACCAUUGAAGGGGAAGGUCUGCAGCGGGGCGAGGAGGGCGAACGGGGCCACUUCACCCUGGUGUGCCGGGACUCCGCCGGAGAGCAGUUGGCACGAGGUGGAGAACACGUGCUGGUCAGCGUCGUCCACAAGGAGAAGAAAAACUGCUCUGUGGAGACGACAGUGGUCGACAACAGCGACGGAUCGUACAGCGUUUCAUUCACACAUGAAAAGCCGGGAAGCUACUCAGUGUGGGUUUGUGUCAGAGCUCAACACGUCAAGGGUUCACCGUUUAUUCUGAACGUGCAGAGGAAGAUGAGGCGACACAGCGGGACGUUCCACUGCUGCUGCUUCUGCUCCAGCGGAGGAGCCAAGGAGGCUCGAUGUGGCUGCCCAGGAACCAUGCCAGGAGGAUUUAAAGGCUGCGGUCACGGUCAUAAGGGACACCCCGGGAAGCCUCACUGGUCGUGCUGUGGCAGCACCACCGAGCAGUCCGAGUGUUUGCCUCCGAGCGUGCUGGCUGCGGUUUCUCCCCGUGGCCACCUGCGAACCGUGGAGCUCUGAGGUGACGCAGAGACGAGACCCGUCGGGAGGAUGCACGUUAACGGAGGUUGGGCGGCAACGAAUGGUCAGAGUUGCGGGGGGACGCAAGGGAGAGGUUGCUGGUGUGAAUCUUGAGCGGGUUCGAAAAGAAAGUGACGCUUCAAGGAUACAGUGACUGAGGCAGAACGUCCAGGUCUGUGUCUUUGCCCCACGUCAUUAUCUGGUGUCACAGACUCGACAAGGAAGGACAAUAUGACAACUCACAUGUUCUCGAAGAUGGGUUCUGUCAUUUUUAGGUCGUUGUUAUCACACUGAUUUAUUGGUUUUGGAUUAGUUUGCUUUUAAUUAGUUAUUUGAGGCUAUAAAACAAGGUGAACGUCAUGAUUGACAAUGGAGACUGAUUCGUGAUUGGUCGAGGGCAUGAUUGGUCUCACAACUCUGGCUCCACCUCCCGAUCCUUACGGCACAGACUCUGGCUACAAAUGACGUCCAAAAAACACAAGAUGGCAGCGUUGGUAUCCAGGAUAAUUUGCCUUCAUUUCUAGGUGAAAAGAUCUGGAAACACUGACCUGGAAGGAGCCGUCAGUUUCCUCUCAGAAUACAAAGUCAUUUGUCUCCAGCACUGACCACAAACCUCCAACCAGCCACUUAUUGCCUCUGUAUAUUUCUGAAUAUGCCUUAUCUGUAGUGUGAGUACAAAUACAUAUAUAGUAUAUAUAGUAUAUAUUUUUCUUUGUAAAAGAUGAAUAGUAAAGUAGAUUUAUAGAAAUCUUAAACAUGAAGAUGAACUUUUUUUCAUUUGUGUUCCAUUAUCUUUACAAUGACAAUAACAGGGAGCGUCUCUAACACUGUGACUUUGUUGCUGCUGUUCACAUUUUUUAAUAUUUCCAUUUUGCACUGACUUUACAUUCGUCUAUCUGUUCAACACGUGAGUCUUUUCCAGAUUUUGCCAGUUUAAAUUCUGGAAAUUUGUGCCUGUACAAUGAAAUAAACAUUUUUCACUUU